AAAAUGGCUACAGCAUUAAGUAAUGUUCCCUGUCUUAUAACUGAAUGUGAAACAAAGGCGUCAUUUGAUGAUGAAAAUGAUUACGAUUUGGCCUUUGCAAUGGACUCCUAUGUAGCUGAAGUGGAUCCAAACCAGGCACACACAACACUUAUUUUUACGCUUAAAGAAGAAGCUGGGGCACUCGCAGAAACACUAAAAGUCUUUAAAUUGAAGAACCUCAAUUUAACCCACAUCGAGUCCAGACCUUCAAAAGUCCAUCCAGGAUGUUACGAAUUUAUGGUGGAAUGUGCAGAAGAUUCGAAUCCGGAGAGUUUGGAGGAAGUUAUUUCUUUGUUUCGAAGGCGUGCGGAAAGUGCGGGGUUACACAAACCUAGAGUGCAUGACCAUAAUUCGCAAAUACGUCAGAAUCCUGAAAGCGUGCCUUGGUUCCCAAUGAAGAUGUCAGAUAUUGACCAUUUUGCCAAUCGUGUAUUAAGCUAUGGCGCAGAACUUGACGCUGACCAUCCGGGUUUUCAUGAUGAAAUAUACAGAGCUCGACGAAAGGAAUUUGCAGAUAUUGCCGCUUCUUUUCGCUAUGGAGAUAAAAUCCCUCAAGUGGAAUAUACACUAGAAGAAGUUGGGACUUGGAGGAAAAUUUAUGAGGAAUUGGUGGGGCUAUAUCCAACACAUGCCUGUCGUGAAUUUAAUUAUAUCUUCCCUCUUCUACAACAAAAUUGUGGGUACGGCCCAGACCAUAUUCCACAACUGCAGAAUGUUUCCGACUUUCUAAAAGACUGUACUGGCUUUACAUUGCGUCCAGUAGCCGGUUUGCUCAGUUCAAGAGACUUUUUGGCUGGAUUGGCUUUUCGAGUCUUCCACUCAACCCAAUAUAUUCGACAUUCAUCCAAGCCAGACUAUACUCCAGAACCAGAUGUCUGUCAUGAACUUUUGGGGCACGUUCCUCUUUUUGCUGAUCCAGAUUUUGCCAAAUUUUCUCAAGAAAUUGGAAUGGCAUCUUUAGGGGCUUCUGAUGAAAUGAUAGAAAAGCUUGCAUCUUUAUACUGGUUUACUGUUGAAUUUGGUAUUUGUGUGCAGGAAGGGGAGAAGAAGGCCUAUGGAGCUGGUCUACUUAGCUCUUUCGGAGAAUUACAAUAUGCGUUGAGUGGAAAGCCAGAAUUACUCCCCUUCGACCCAGCAAUGACUACCGAGACUAAAUAUCCAAUUACUUCUUAUCAACCAAAAUAUUUUGUUGCUGAAUCUUUUACUGAUGCUAAAAAUAAAUUAACGGCUUGGGCAGCAACAAUUCCUCGAACAUUCCAAGUUAGUUACAAUCCUUAUACUCAAAGAGUUGAAUUAUUGGAUCAUCCAAAAGCUGUUCAGAAAUUGGCAAAAGAUGUUAAAACACAAAUGGCAAAGCUGGAAGAUGCCCUCAAAAAAUUGAAUUUCUCCAAAUAA